UCUACACCUCCGACAUUCUCGUAGCUUUUGGCCAAAACUUGGAGAUUUCCAGGGAAGCGGGAACUUUCAACCGUUGGAUGAUCCCAAGUCUAUUCGCGUAUGGCCUCCUCCAAUGUCUGAACAGGUUCUUGCAGACGCAAAAUAACGUUCUACCGAUGAUGAUGAGCUCUCUGGUUAUUGCUUCUCUUCACAUAGUCGUCUGUUGGGUCUUCAUCUUUAAGUUUGGACUAGGAAUAAGAGGAGCUGCUUUGGCGAACACGAUUUCGAAUUGGAACAAUGUGAUUCUGUUGGCGAUUUACGUGAAGCUCUCUCCAGCUUGUAUCAAAACUUGGACCGGUUUCACAAGAGAGGCCUUGCUUGACCUUGUUAGCUUCGUCAAGCUUGCUGUUCCUUCAGCAGUUAUGAUUUGUUUCGAGUACUGGUCCUUCGAGCUGGUCGUUCGUCUAUCGGGUCUUCUGCCAAAUACGAAACUAGAGACGUCUGUGUUAUCAAUUAGCCUCAACACUUGUUGGAUGGUCUACAUGAUCUCUGUCGGUCUCGGCGGAGCAAUCAGACUAGGAGGGGAGGGUAAAAGAUGGGAUUCUGUGAGGACAAGCUCGCAGGAGUCUUGA